AGGAUCUGCAUUCAGUAAUCUUUGGUCUCAUCUCUUGUCAUUAGUUGAUAAUCUGAACAGUGGAUGCAUCAGAAGCCAUGUCGGACUGGCUUCUAAUUGGAUUGUUUGUGGCAUUGGUGCUGCUUCUGUUGCUGACGAUCUUCGGCUUUGCUGUUUAUUCGGGACUAUUUACAGAAGUAAUUGUGAAUGCUGGUUUGCCCCCCAUUGGCAACAUCACUGUGGCAUACAAAUUCCAGGUGGGGCCUUAUGGUGACUCUGGAAGGUUUUUUACAGAGAGCUGCAGCGUCUCUCCAAGGCUGUCUUCUAUCGCUAUCUACUAUGACAACCCUCACACGGUGGAUCCAGAGAAAUGUCGCUAUGCUGUAGGUAGUGUCCUGAGUGAAGGCGAAGACAAACCAUCUGAAGAAGCGAUCCGCAUGUUUCUGAAGUAUGGCUUCAAGAUUAUCAACUUCCCAGCUCCUAGUCAUGUAGUCCUGGCAACCUUCCCUUAUACAACUCCCCUAUCCAUCCAUCUGGCAGUGAACCGUGUCCAUUCAAGUCUUGACGUCUACAUCAAG